AUGGCCUCGAUUCUUAACCAGACUCAAGAACUGCAGGAAUCUUCCAAGGUUCUCGGCCAUGUAAGAUGUCAAAGCUACUUUCUCUUCUCCGGAGAAAGUAGUUUAUCUGAUGCUUCCAGAGCUGUCUUAUACUUUCUUGGUCUUGCCUACUGCUUUAUCGGCUUGUCAGCCAUCACCGCAAGGUUCUUCAAAUCUAUGGAGAAUGUUGUUAAACAUUCACGCAAAGUUGUUUCAGUUGACCCUGUUACUAAAGCUCAAGUCAUCACCUACAAGAAAGUUUGGAACUUUACCAUUGCUGACAUCAGUCUGUUGGCAUUUGGAACUAGCUUUCCUCAGAUUUCUCUGGCUACCAUUGAUGCUUUUCGGAACAUGGGGGAGCGCUAUGCUGGAGGUCUUGGUCCUGGAACACUUGUUGGCUCAGCUGCUUUUGAUCUUUUCCCAAUCCACGCUGUUUGUGUCCUGAUGCCAAAAGCUGGAGAACUCAAAAAGAUAUCCGAUUUAGGCGUUUGGCUAGUCGAGCUUGUUUGGUCUUUUUGGGCUUACAUUUGGCUCUACAUUAUCCUCGAGGUGUGGUCACCAAAUGUAGUUACACUUGUGGAGGCACUUUUAACGGUCUUGCAAUAUGGUUUACUUCUAGUUCACGCGUAUGCGCAAGACAAGCGAUGGCCUUACUUGUCUUUACCAAUGUCAAGAGGUGAUAGACCAGAGGAGUGGGUUCCAGAGGAGGUUGAUACACCAAAAGAUGACAAUGAUGUUCAUGACGUGUAUUCGGAUGCUGCUCAGAGAGCUGUUGAAUCAGGAAACAAAAACAUUGUUGAUAUCUUCUCUAUUCAUUCAGCUAGCAAUGAUACAGGUAGGAUCACCUAUCACACAGUGGCAGAUAAUUCACCAGAAUCUUCGACUAAGAAGGUUAAGGCAAAGAAGAAUGCUACUGUUUUCGACACUUGGAAACAUCAAUUCGUAGAUGCUAUCACGUUGGAAUCAUCAGAAUCGAAGAAAGUUGAUAGCAUUUACCUUCGAAUAGCCAAAUCCUUUUGGCAAUUAGUCCUUGCCCCCUGGAAAAUUCUUUUUGCAUUUGUGCCUCCUUGCAACAUUGCUCACGGUUGGAUCGCUUUUAUCUGCUCGCUUCUCUUCAUCAGCGGAGUAGCCUUUGUUGUCACAAGACUUACCGACCUUAUAAGCUGUGUCACUGGUAUAAACCCAUAUGUGAUAGCAUUCACAGCACUCGCAGCUGGAACUUCAUGGCCAGAUUUAGUAGCAAGUAAAAUUGCUGCAGAGCGACAACUCACUGCUGAUUCAGCUAUAGCAAACAUCACCUGCAGUAACUCGGUGAACAUAUAUGUGGGGAUUGGAGUUCCGUGGCUGAUAAACACAGUGUACAACUACAUUGCAUACAGAGAGCCUCUAUACAUAGAAAAUGCUAAAGGACUAAGCUUCUCUCUACUAAUAUUCUUCGCGACAUCGGUGGGAUGUAUCGUGGUGCUUGUGUUGAGAAGGUUGAUUAUAGGAGCUGAGCUUGGAGGUCCAAGGCUGUGGGCUUGGCUUACUUCUGCUUAUUUCAUGAUGCUUUGGGUCGUCUUCGUUGUUCUCUCUUCUUUGAAAGUUUCAGGCAUCAUAUAG